CAAGAAGCUGAUGAACUCGGUGGCAGGCUGUGCUGACGAUGCCCUUACAGGCCUGGUGGCCUGCAACCCCAACCUGCAGCUCCUGCAGGGCCACCGUGUGGCCCUCCGCUCAGAUCUGGACAGCCUCAAGGGCCGGGUGGCACUGUUGUCGGGUGGAGGCUCCGGCCACGAGCCUGCCCAUGCUGGUUUUAUAGGAAAGGGGAUGCUGACCGGGGUCAUUGCGGGAGCCGUGUUCACCUCCCCAGCCGUGGGCAGCAUCCUGGCAGCCAUCAGGGCGGUGGCCCAGGCAGGCACAGCGGGAACCCUCCUCAUCGUGAAGAACUACACAGGGGACCGGCUCAACUUUGGUCUGGCCCGAGAGCAGGCCCGGGCCGAGGGUAUCCCAGUGGAGAUGGUGGUCGUCGGGGAUGACAGUGCCUUCACCGUCCUGAAGAAGGCAGGCAGACGGGGGCUCUGUGGUACUGUGAUUAUACACAAGGUGGCAGGGGCCCUGGCUGAAGCUGGUAUGGGGUUAGAGGAGAUCACCGAGCGUGUGAACGCGGUCACCAAGGCCAUGGGUACCCUGGGGGUGAGCCUGUCCUCCUGCAGUGUCCCUGGCUCCAAACCCACCUUUGAGCUCGCCACUGACGAGGUAGAGCUGGGCCUGGGCAUCCACGGGGAAGCCGGUGUGCGUCGGAUAAAGAUGGCGACAGCCGACAACAUCGUGAAGCUCAUGCUCGACCACAUGACAGACGCCUCCAGUGCGUCCCACGUGCCUGUGCGGUCAGGCUCCUCGGUGGUGCUGAUGGUCAACAACCUAGGCGGCCUGUCCUUCCUGGAACUGGGCAUCAUAGCUGACGCUGCUGUCCGCUCUCUGGAGGGCCGUGGGGUGAAGAUUGCCCGGGCCCUAGUGGGCACCUUCAUGUCUGCACUGGAGAUGCCUGGUGUUUCCCUCACCCUCCUGGUGGUCGACGAGCCCCUCCUUAAACUGAUAGAUGCUGAGACCACCGCGUCGGCCUGGCCCAGCAUGGCCAAGGUGUCUGUGACUGGGCGGAAGCGGAGUCGGGCAGCCCCCGCCGAGUCCCAAGAGGCUCCUGACUCCACUGCUGCAGGAGGUCGAGCCUCGAAGCGCAUGGUGCUGGUGCUGGAACGGGUGUGCACCACCCUCCUGGGCCUGGAGGAGCAUCUGAAUGCCCUGGACCGGGCCGCCGGGGACGGGGACUGUGGCAGCACUCACAGCCGUGCUGCCAGAGCCAUCCGGGAAUGGUUGAAAGCAGGCCCGCCUCCUGCCAGCCCUGCCCAGGUCCUCUCCAGGCUGUCCAUCCUGCUAUUGGAGAAGAUGGGAGGCUCCUCGGGGGCACUCUAUGGCUUAUUCUUGACCGCGGCUGCCCAGCCCCUCAGGGCCAACACUGACCUCCCCACCUGGUCUGCUGCCAUGGAUGCCGGCCUGGAGGCCAUGCAGAAGUAUGGAAAGGCUGCCCCGGGGGACAGGACCAUGCUGGAUGCUCUGUGGGCAGCAGGACAGGAGCUCCAAGCCUGGAAGAGCCCAGGGGCUGACCUGUUCCAGAUCCUGACCAAAGCUGUCAAGAGUGCUGAAGCUGCAGCUGAGGCCACCAAGAAUAUGGAAGCCGGAGCCGGCAGAGCCAGCUACAUCAGCUCCGCGCGGCUGGACCAGCCAGACCCCGGGGCCGUGGCAGCUGCCGCCGUCCUCCGUGCCAUCCUGGAGGUCUUGCAGAGCCAGGGCGUGUGACUGCCCCCGGCCUCGGUUCCUCACUGCUGGGCUAAGGUGCCUGUUGUCACUUCCUCUGCCUCCAGCCACCACUCUCCCC